AUGAUGAACGCUCGGUAUCUCUUCAUGAGCACCUUCGCGGUAUUUAGGAGGUACAUACAGGCAUGGACAUAUCUUUUCUCCGGCCCUGAGAAGAUCCACACAAAAUAUAACCAGGCCAAGGACAAACCAUUCGAGAUUGUUGCUCCAGACACCCGGUAUUUGUUCGUGUCAUCUCCCAAGCAUAUCAAGGAGAUAGAAAAGGCGCCAGAGAACGUCCUCUCCCUCUACGUCGCCUCAAGCCAUAUGCUACAAGCUCAAUACACUAUGCACGGAUUCAACUGGGUCGAUGGCAAAGGGGCAGCUGAAUUCGGACUUGCACGAGCUUUGCGUACUGUUUUGACACGCAACAUUCCCCAACUUCUUCCGGAUCUCACAAGGGUAGUUCAACAACGAUUUGCUGAUCUCCGGAUGGAGCAUUCAUUAGUCAAUGGUGUGCGGCAAUCCCCAGUAUACGAGAUGAUUCUCGAGCUUGUGGUCGUAUCCAACGCAUUGUCAUUUUUUGGUCCCGAGCUAGCGAAAAACCGUUCAUUUCUCAAGGCGGCCGUGGUCUACGUUGAGGAGACUAUGGUGGGUGCCGAGGUGAUCCGAUUGAUGCCGAGGUUUCUCGCUCCUCUGGUUGGUCGUAUAAUUUCCAGUCGAUUUCGUGCUCAGGAGACGGUGUAUAACGUCCUACUCCGUGUCGUCGAAGAGCGAUGUCGCCAGAGAGACAUGGGCAAGCUAGGCCAUGAGAUUGAGAACCAUGCCGAUUGUAUCCAGUGGAUGCUUGAGAACUCGCCACAUGAGAAGUCAUACUCACCCACCCGUAUCGUCCACGAAUUGAUCGCGAUCUGGUUUGGUUCUGUACAUGGACUGGCAAUGACACUCACAUUUGCCAUUCAUGACCUUUGUCUACAUCCGGAAUAUGUUGACCCUCUCCGAAGUGAGAUCGAAAGCCAAUUUGAUGGUUUCCAGAAUACCGGAAAGGGUCUUCCUCUAUUAGAAAGCUUCAUCAAAGAAUCUGCCCGUCUCACCCCAGUUGAAUCUUUGAGCACCCGCCGCCAAGCCGUCCAAAGUUUUACGUUCUCCGACGGGACCAAAUUAGCGGCUGGAGAUUGGACGUGUACCCCUGUUGGCGCGAUGAUGCUAGAUCCAGGCAGCUACCCAGAGCCUUCGCAAUUUAGCGGGUUUCGAUUCGCGGAUCCCGGCUUGCUCCAGGGAUCUCACACGCUUCAACCGCGACCGUCCAAGUUGACCGACGUGAGCGAGACGUGGCAGAUGUGGGGGACAGGACGCAUGGCUUGUCCCGGUCGAUUUUAUGCCGCCGCAGUGAUGAAGGUGGUUCUCUCACAGAUCAUCCUAGGAUAUAACUGUAGUCUGGUAGAUCCCGCAGCUCCUCGAUUUCAUAUCUGGCGUUCCAACAUGGUGCCUCGAAAGGCGACCAAGGUGGUUUUCGAACCCCGAGAGAAGGGAGUGAAAGCAAUGGACAUCUCCCCAAUAUCUAAAAAACUUUCCCCAACCCCCACAGCAUUCCCAAAUUGCUGUCUCUCCAUCUCCACUACCCUACUAUCCCACCUCGCCUCUCUUCUCCCCCAAGUCCCCUCCUUCACUAUAUCAAUCGGUAGUGGAUCCGGCCUCCUCGAAGCUCUCCUCUCCCACCGACACCCAAAUGUCUCAGUCGAGGGCGUCGAGGUCAACUCCACUGUGAACCGCUACAUCCCCGAACAAAAUAUGAACACCGUCCACGGGACCUGGGACCUUCAUCCCCGUGUCAAAGAUGCCGCAGCGUGGAUGUUUGUGUAUCCACGCGAGCCGAAACUCGUAUCUAAGUAUCUUGAUGGAUUUACGGGGGGUGAAGUCAAGGUGAUACUUUGGCUGGGUCCGAGAGCUGAUUGGGCGGAUUAUGAACCGUGUUUUCGGGACUCAGAGGUGUUUGCGGAUGUUCAGGUGCAGGAGGAUGUUGGAUUAGCGGAGUUUGAGAUGUUGGUUCUGCCUCUUCUCCUCUGUCAUCUUGCUAAACUCCUCGACCUCUUUAUCCUUGACCGAGAGGAACCACUUCACCAAAUCCUCGCCAACCUAGCCUGUCAGAGCCUCGUCCUUCUUCAGACAAUUCAGUGCGUCUUCGAGAAGUUCCCACCCUGGGCGCAUAAGUACGUCGAUAUGCUGUGGAAUGUCGAUUUCUAUGACGAUCUCGCAAAGUACGUACCGGGCUACACGACAAGCGACAGGCGGACUACCUUCAAAGCGAAAAUCAACCUUCCCAAGGGUGCCGAGAGACCCAUUGCCGUGCUUGCAAUAAACCGGCAAGAGGGGAACUCGGUGCCGGAGUUGCCGUUCCCGCAUCUGAAGUGGCUGGAUGAGAAGGUGCAGAUUGCGUUGCAGAGCGUGAUGAAGCCGAUGACGUGGAAGCUGGUGACUGCAAUGUUCAUCUAUACCGGCGGUACGUGCACUUAUUCUCGGAGAAAUGAGCUACGCUGUGUUGUCAAGUCCAGUAAGCGAAAGAAUCUUAAAGGGAAAACGCAGCCUAAGCAGGUAAUGAACAUUGCUCCCUAUCAAUAUCAGUUUCCGGUUGUUGAGACUCAGAUUCAAUCAGUUAUAUCAGUCGCGCCUUCUGUGAGCCCGGAACUUCCGGUCUGGCAUCCCCUGCAUUCUGGAGCGCUGGAACUGCGGAGGCUGCUCGACGACCUUGAUCUGCCGUACUCGAUCCAUGAAUCCCCACUGUUGGCCACCCAAUAUCCAGAUAAAGCACCUGUGCCUCCACAAGUUGAUGGAAACUCGUCGCACGCAUCAGCCGCACAUUCCAGCUGCAGUCAGCCCGACAUCUUGACAAAUUGGCAAAGUCUCCCUCCCUCGCCCCGCGAGCCGACCUCUACGCCCCUCGGCUUCGCAAUACUUCAGCACAGAGACUCUUGUAUAGUUUCCGAUGGUGAAGAGCACUAG